UGUUAAUGCGAGAGGUUUAAGACGGUGCGGGCGGGAAUGGUAAACGGACAUUAAAACCUAAAAAAUGGCUGCUCCUGUUCUGAAACGUGCAUGAUGAAAUGAGUUGCUCAUUCACGACACUGUGAAGGCUGCAGGUUUUGAAGAAACUGACACUGUAACGAGAAGCCGCUCAAAAUGGGACGCAAGAAGCAGCAACAGCACAAGCCUGACCGCGCCGCAGUGAGCGGGAAAGACCGCCGGCACAGACUCAAAGAGAAAUCACUGGAAACGUUCACCGAAGAAGUGCAUGACGCCCUGCACGCAAGUCUCCAGGGUGACGGAGCCGAGGAGGGGGGCGUGGCGCCGGUGAAGCUGCCCUGUGCCCUGGCCAUGUGGGAGCUGGGGCACUGCGAUCCCCGGAGGUGCACGGGGAGGAAGCUGGUGCGCAAGGGGCUGGUCCGCACCCUGAGACUCAGCCAGAGGUUUAACGGACUCAUCCUCAGCCCUAUGGGCACCAAAUACGUGUCGCCUGCGGACAGAGAGAUCGUGGCCCAGAGUGGCGUGGCAGUGAUCGACUGUUCCUGGGCCAAGCUGGAUGAGACUCCAUUCAGCAAGAUGAGAGGAAGCAAUCCCAGGCUGCUGCCUUACCUCGUGGCAGCCAACCCAGUGAACUACGGGCGCCCCUGCAAGCUGUCCUGCGUGGAGGCCUUCGCAGCCACCUUCUGUAUUGUUGGGUUUCGUGACCUUGCAGUAAUUGUUCUGCGGAAGUUUAAGUGGGGGAAAGUGUUCCUGGACCUUAAUAAGAGCCUUCUGGAGCAGUAUGCUGCCUGUCUCAACGAAGAGGAGCUGCUUAAAGUAGAGAAGGAGUUCCUGGCUGCCAAACCCGAGGAGGAAGAAAUAGACCCAUUUGAUGUGGACUCUGGGAGAGAAUGUUCAAACUUGAAUAGACCCCGCUGGUCAGCACAGGAAGAGGAAGAGGAGGAUGAUUCUGAGGAAGAAGGGGAAAGCGAUGAUGAUGAUGAUGAUGAAGAGGAGAAUGCUGGUGAGAAUAAAGAGGAAGAGGAGACUGAGGAAGAGGAGGAUAAGUCCUCGGUCGCUGCCAGCGCCUCAGUGAUUUGGAAAGGAGCUAAGGAGAGGAUAAGAAACUGAACCAUGAAGCUGGAAGUGACUAGCGCUGGAGAGUGUGCUGUCCUGCAGCUGCAGCAAUACAAGUGUAUCUGCCAGCACUGAUUACAUAGAGAUGUUUUUGUAUGCAAAAGAUUGCAUUUGAUAGAACCUUGGCUUCUAGGAGUGCUGUAAACAGUACCAACAAAAAUAUGCUGAAAAAUUACUUAUUUUCAGGAAUUAGCUUUUUUUAAACUUCAAUAAAUAUAUUUAUGAAUCACAAAUAGGUGUAGCGCUCAAUGAUCGGUGAGGUACGUAGUCAAAAGAAACUGAUUCAGAAAGAUAAGGGUUGACGGCACACUCUGACAUAGUCCAGAAAUAAAUCUACAGUGUAAAAUCCAUAAGGUUUAGUCCUGUUUCGUGGCACAGAU